UAGAGCGGGGAAUGUCCGAUACCAUUCCAGGUUAUACAGGCGAGAUGAAUGUCAGAUCUUGGGAGCAUUUCCAGUACAGGUUAAAACUGUCACGCGGUCGGCGGGAUUGCAGGUGAUGCAGCAAGCCUGGUGUCCUCGACAAGAGACGGUUUCCCAUCUAGGACCGUUGGAUAGGGUUGCUUUCUGAGCUUCCAGCCCUGUAGUAUCUAUCAGCACGCUGAUAGGGCAGCCUCCCGACGCCACUCAAAACAUCCCAAAGGCCCCAAGCCAAACCCCGCUACUAGUAGAACCAACAGUCCAAAGGAAAGAGCCACGACGCGCUGCGCAUGCGCGCUCUUCGCAAGCUGAAACCAGCAAGUUCCGCCUUCCAGCCUGAAGCGCAUGCGCAGCCUCGGUUCCGUUGCGUACCGUGCGCGUCUGUGGGAUACUGCAGGGUUCAGGGACAACUAGGAAGAUGGCGGUUGCGCGCUUGGCAGCGGUGGCGGCCUGGGUACCUUAUCGGAGCUGGGGCUGGGCAGCCGCCCCCGUCGGUCCCCACCGUGGCCUGGGCGCGCUGCUUGCACUGAUACCUCAGCGGGCGCCACGGUGGCUCCCAGCUUGUAGACAAAAGACGUCACUCUCAUUCCUUAAUCGACCAGACCUUCCAAACCUGGCUUAUAAGAAGCUAAAAGGCAAAAGUCCAGGAAUUAUCUUCAUCCCUGGCUAUCUUUCUUAUAUGAAUGGUACAAAAGCAUUGGCGAUUGAGGAGUUUUGCAAAUCUCUAGGUCACGCCUGCAUAAGGUUUGAUUACUCAGGAGUUGGAAGUUCAGAUGGUAACUCGGAGGAAAGCACACUGGGGAAAUGGAGAAAAGAUGUUCUUUCUAUAAUUGAUGACCUAGCUGAUGGGCCACAGAUUCUUGUUGGAUCGAGCCUUGGGGGGUGGCUUAUGCUUCAUGCUGCAAUUGCACGACCAGAAAAGGUCGUGGCUCUUAUUGGUGUAGCUACAGCUGCAGAUACCUUAGUGACAAAGUUUAAUCAGCUUCCUGUUGAGCUAAAAAAGGAAGUAGAGAUGAAAGGUGUGUGGAGCAUGCCAUCAAAAUACUCUGAAGAAGGAGUUUAUAAUGUUCAGUACAGUUUCAUUAAAGAAGCUGAACAUCACUGCUUGUUACAUAGCCCAAUUCCUGUGAACUGCCCUAUAAGAUUGCUCCAUGGCAUGAAGGAUGACAUUGUACCUUGGCAUACAUCAAUGCAGGUUGCUGAUCGAGUACUCAGCACAGAUGUGGAUGUCAUCCUCCGAAAACAUAGUGAUCACCAAAUGAAGGAAAAAGCAGACAUUCAACUUCUUGUUUACACUAUUGAUGACUUAAUUGAUAAGCUCUCAACUAUAGUUAACUAGUAUCAUGUGUUUAGUUGGUAUGUAAACUAAUGUAUCCAGAAGAUUGGAAGAGGAUAAGAAAUGAAAGAUCCUGAUACUUUAGGUUUUUCUUUUACCUCUAUUUUGUAAAUACCAGAUAUUUAAUGAUGUAUUUGCACAAGUAAUGCAUAUUGUGAAGAAGGACCAGCUGCUGUUUAGAAAAUUUUCUCGUUCCUUCUGUCCUUGAUUUUUUUUCAUUAAAGUAUUUCCUUUUUUUAAUUCAAGAAAAGUUUACCUUUCUUAUGCUUAUGUUAGCUAUUCCAGCUCUUAAUUGCAUCCUUUUCUAAAUAGGAUUAUUAAAGCGUAAAUAUUUUGUUUAUUAUAGACAGAAAUUUGUAACAUUACUUCUGCUUUGAAAAUGCAAUUCACAAAAUAUAGGGAAAUUUUUAUUGAAGUAAAUUUGAAAUGAUGGAGAAAUUUCAGAAGCAUAAUAAAGUUCACAAUAAGGAUAAUACUUUAUAUAAUGUAUAAAGUAUAAUUAUAUAUGUUACAUAAACUGCACAUUAUAUUCAAACUUAAAAUUAAGCUUUUACUUUUUUUAAAGGCCCAAAAUUGUACAGUGAUACGAGGAGCUGUGUCUAAAUUUUGGCUUAUGUGUAAUAUAUUUAAAUGGGGAAUUUCAUCUAAAACAAUGAUGUAGCAUUUUAAUAUUCUGAUUGGUAAAAUUAAAGAGGAAGUUGAUCUUUAUAUGUUAUUACUUACAGAAACAUUCAUUAUUUUAUUAAUGUUGCCCUAAGUACAACUAGGCACGUGGUUGCCACCUAAAUCAGAAGACUUUCUGAAGUCACUAAGAAAGUGUGAAAUGCUAGUGUAAAGGUUGCUUUUUUUUUCUUUCCUAAGUAACUAAAGUGAGAUGGAGAUUAAGCCUUGAUAUUAUUGAGUUAAUGUUUUUUAUUUAUUAAUUUUGACUGGAUUUUAUUUAGCUUGAUUAGGUUAUUAUCUGUCAAACCUUUUAAGUUGACAACAUGACUCAUAUAUAUACAUGUAUAUAAAAUGAGCAUGUGUCGAAGACUUACUCAACUCAUUAAUGAGGAAACCAGCAGAUAGUAAAGCUGGUUCAAAGUGCAGUUCAAGAAACUAAGCAAGGGCAUUGAAGAAAAAAUGUUGAGAUAAAAUUGCUGAGCAGAAAAAAGUGUUAAUGAAGCCGACCUGACUACUUAUGCUUAAGACCUGCUUUACAAGGUUGGCCCUUGAUUGGCAUCUGGGAACUUGGAGUUCAGGGGGCUUCCACCAUUCCCACAACUGAUCAAAGUAGCUUACUAUAUCUAAACUGUAAGACAAUAUAGUUUCUCCUGAAAACAAUAUAGCUUUCCUUCUGGGAGUCUGGAAUUUUGGUAUGUGCCAGGCAGAGACUACCCUUUGUGACCAGCUCCCAGUAAAAACCGCAGGCACUCAGUCUCUAACAAGCUUUUCUGGUUGACGGUGUUGCACAAGUGCUGUUACAACUGGUUGCUGGGAGAAUUAAGCUCAUCUGUGAUUCCACUGGCAGAGGAUUCUUGGAAGCUUGCACUUAGUUUCCCCUGACUUCACCCCAUGUGUCUUUUUUCCUUUGCUGAUUUUGCUUUGUAUCCUUUAACUGUAAUAAAUCAUGGCCAUGAGCAGAACUGUA